CAAUGCAAGCAUAACAACAACGACGACUCCCGAAUAAAAGAAAAAAAAUCAUCAGCUGUUAACUUAAAAACACACUCUCUCUCUCCUAAAACCUCAGUUUCUCUCUCUAUAAUUUAUCUCCGAGUUGGUGGUGAUACAGUGAUGAUCAAACUCUAAAGAAAGAGAGAGAGAAAGAUGGGAGGGUGUUUCUCGGCGCCUCAGGGGUGCGUCGGAGGAGGAUUGGACUCGUCCAGGAAGACGACGAGUCGUUCAAGGAGGAAGAGAGGUCUCAAGGGAAGAGUUUCGUCUCGGUCUUCCGAGGCCUCAUCGGAGAGACCCGGUAGGUCAGCCCCAGUUGAUCGCUCCACCAUCACCAACCCAACUUUGCAAGGAAGUACUGAAGAGGCCUGGUUUGAUUCAGCUCCCCGGUUUGAUUUUUCUGAUGGGGAUGACGAUUACCAAAGUGUUCAAGACGAUUUCUUAUCUCCAAGUGGCUUGGAAAAUCUGUCCUUAUCAGGAAAUUCUGCACGCAACUCCGUCAGCGAAGUUGCUCCGAAUUCAUGUUCUCGAGUCUUGAAUUCGGAUGACAGUGAAACCCAUCCUAAAUAUGAUGGACCUUCAACAAAUGAAGCAAAUCAACCUGUAUUCCUAGAUGAAAUGUCGUCCUCUGUGGAUGAAAAUCCGGGCAAGGAGGACACAGUAGUGGAUAACUGUGGGAUUCUUCCAAGUAAUUGCUUGCCUUGUCUUGCCUCUACCGUUCCUCCUGUUGAAAAGAGAAGAUCAUCAAGUACUAGUCCGCCAAAUGCUAAGAAAAAGGCAGCUCUGAAACUUUCUUUCAAGUCGAAAGAAGGAAAUGCCCCUGCUGCUCCAGUUUCCCCAAAGAUGCUUCUGCAACGACCAAUCGCUGGUUCUCAAGUACCUUUUUGCCCCGUAGAUAAGCAAAUCCUAGACAGUUGGACCCUGGUUGAGCCAAGUACUUUUAGAGUUCGAGGAGUGAAUUACAUCCGUGACAAGAAGAAAGAAUAUGCCCCCAGCUAUGCUGCUUAUUAUCCAUUUGGUGUAGAUGUAUUCUUAUGUCCCCGAAAAAUCAAUCAUAUUGCUAGAUUUGUGCAACUCCCCGUUAUUAAUUCUCCUGGGAGACUACCUUCUAUUCUUGUAGUAAAUGUACAGAUUCCGCUGUAUCCCGCCUCAUUAUUGAAGGGUGACACGGACGGUGAAGGAAUGAGUUUUGUUUUAUACUUUAAGCUUUCCGAAAGAUACUCUAAGGAACUUCCACCUCAUUUUCAAGAAAGCAUCAGGAAGUUGAUUGAUGAUGAAGUUGAGAAGGUCAAAGGUUUUCCUGUAGAUUCUAAUGUGCCCUUUAGGGAAAGGCUGAAGAUAUUAGGACGUGUUGCUAAUCUAGAAGACCUUCAUCUAAGUGCAGCAGAACGGCCCUUUAUACAGGCUUACAACGAAAAACCGGUUCUUUCGCGUCCUCAACAUGAGUUCUACUCAGGCGAACACUACUUUGAGAUUGAUUUGGACAUGCACAGAUUCAGUUACAUCUCAAGGAAAGGAUUUGAAUCCUUCUUGGACAGACUAAAGCUCUGCGUUUUGGAUGUUGGCCUCACUAUUCAGGGAAACAAAGCUGAAGAGUUGCCAGAGCAGAUAUUAUGUUGUGUACGGUUAAAUGGAAUUGACUACAUAAAUUAUAAGCAACUGGGGUUGAAUCAAGAGCCCCAAUGAUAUUUGUUUCAAGUGCUACACCAAAAAUGUGAGGCUUAAGAAUCAAUAAUCAAUAAAAAAAAGGGCUUAUUUUAAGAGAAUUCUUUACCAAUCUUGUAGGUAUACUAGGCAGUUGUAGAACAUCUUUUUUCCCCCCCCUCUCUUUCUCUCUCUUCCUUCAAUUAUAUUGAGGAGACGAGUCACACGGGUGUCCUUGCACGCCAUUAUUGAAAUCUAGCAAUCAUUUCAAAUUUAAGAGCAUUCAUUUAUAGGGUGUGAAAUUUUAUUCCCAACGGAAUUUUUAAAGGGGGUUUAAAUUGAAUAUAAUUAUUAAGUCCAAGUAUCUCUCUCUCUCUACUU